GCAGCCGUCGCGGGUUUUUGACGUCAUAACCCUGCGCGCAGAUUAUAAGUGGUGAGCUGGCUUAUAGUUCCCCAGUCUCCUUCAUCAUGACCAAACUUCUGGAGUGGCUUCUGGGCGUCUCGCUGGUCGCAGUUGCCUGGGGACUUGUGACCUUUGACCUUCUUGGCUUGCACUUGCCUCCCGUGUACAAGGAGGUGGCUUGGCCGAUGCCCGUGUACCUGCUGGUGGUGUUUGGGUGCUAUUCUCUGGCAACGGUCGGGUACCGAGUAGCCACGUUUAACGACUGCGAGGAUGCAGCCAAAGAGCUUCAGGCUCAGAUAAAAGAGGCGAAAGACGAUUUAAAGAAGAAGGGCCUGAAGAUGUGAGCACUUUCAUGGACUUGGACCAGCUUUCUGCCUCUUUUAGUAAAUUAAUUUCUUUGGUUGGUUAUGCAUUUCUGACUCGAAACGCUGAAAGAUCAAAAAUUAGAAAUGUCUCUUAAGACCUGAAAGAUGAAAUCUUAAAAUUACAUAAACACGUUUCUGUAACAGGAAUGUAGAAUGUACUGUUUUUGUAUAACAUGCUGUAUGUUUUGGCUAGCUUCUACAUAAAGAUGUCUCUGAGUGGGGUUUUUUUGUUUGUUUUUUAAAAUGUAUAUGUGGUGUGUGAGAAAGUCAGAAGAAUCUGUAUCGUCGAGACGGACUCCACUAACAUCACAGCGUGGUUUCACGGCGUUACGCUCGUGCGAGAUGACCGUGGCUUUCAUUCAACACUCGCAGCACUCGAUUUCAACACACUUGAUGUUUAACACACUUGAUAGUAGGACACUAUUGUUCUAGAAGCGUCUGCACGUCUGCUGUUUUAAAACGCUGCCAGUGAUUGUGUAAAAAUCGUGUAUGCGUGAACUACUACGCGUGUUCACAAAGCAUCUUAAAAUGGGAGUGCUGUUUUCGUAGCGUGUGUUUAACUUUGUGGUGAAGGGAACCUGAUCCGGUCACUAAAACCAUUUGUGAAUGUUACUUCUUGUGUGUGUGUGUGUGUGUUUCAUUUCCCUUGGUUGUGGUUUUCUAAUGGAAGCUGUUGAAGGAGUCUCCUAAUUUUUCUUUUUUUUUCUUUAUUUUAUCCACCAUCUGACUAGAAAGCUAGUGUACUUUUAGUUUUGCAUUCCAUGUUCCAUAUCAUAUGUACCUACAUUGUGCUUUGGACUGAAUGUAAAUGUUAAAUACAGAUUAUUUUUCACUAA